GCGAGAUCUCGCAAGCGCCAAAAAUUUGAAAAUAUUUACAAAUUUCGGAGAUAUAUUUCGAUGAUUCUACGCAUUUGCUGGACAUUGAACUUAAAUACUUACAGCUAUAUGUAUUGAUCCCGUACUGUAGUUCGACAGUAACCAUGAAAGGGGAUGGUAACUCAAGUUCACUAUCUUCGACUUCUGGAGAUGGGGACUCGAUCAAGGUGUACCUGCGGGUACGCCCCAUGGACAGUUCCAUAGACAGCAGCACUAAUUGCUUAGAUGUAAACACAAACAGAAAUUCAAUUGUCAUGCAAUGCAAACCUGAGCCAAAAUUAUUCACAUAUGACUGUGUAGGGGAUUCUAAUAUAACACAGGACAGCGUGUUCCAAACAGCAGCAACUGACAUCAUAGAAUCAAGCAUUAGUGGCUAUAAUGGGACCAUAUUCGCUUAUGGUCAAACAGGGUCAGGUAAAACAUACACAAUGUUAGGACCUUCUGAACUGGAGAGCUUCCAGAAUGACAAGCGAGGACUGAUUCCACGCAGCUUUGAGCACCUUUUCCAAAAUAUCCGGGGUAAAACUGAAUCUACUGACAAUGAUACAAAAUGGGAGUUCCUUAUCAAAGUGUCAUUCCUUGAGAUCUACCAAGAACAAGUGUAUGACUUACUUGAUACAACAGCUGCCCCUAAGCACCUGAGGGAAGACAUCAAGAGAGGGGUCUAUGUAGAAGCUCUCACUGAGUAUACUGUCAGCAAUGCAGCUGAGGCUUACGAGGUGUUAUCCACUGGUUGGAACAGCCGCACUGUAGCAAGCACACAAAUGAACAGAGAGAGUUCAAGAAGUCAUGCUGUGAUGACUGUCACCAUAGAGUCAAAGGAGACCAGAGGAGAAGUAGAGAAUGUUCGGAUGUCCCAGUUACAUCUCGUUGAUCUCGCAGGUUCCGAGAGGCAGAAAGACACAAAUGCCGUUGGUGGUCGAUUAAAAGAAGCAGGGAGCAUAAAUAAAUCUCUUUCCACUCUUGGACACGUCAUGAUGACGUUGGUAGAGAAAGGAAAGGGAAAACAGCGGUUUGUGCCAUAUAGAGACUCCAAGUUGACCUUCCUUCUUAGGGAUGCUUUGGGGGGCAAUGCCAAAACAUUUAUGAUUGCAUGUGUACAUCCUGGCUUCAAGUGUAUAGGGGAGACUUUAUCAACUCUCCAAUUUGCCAGAAGGGCAAAGAUGAUCAAAAACAAGGCUGUUGUAAACGAGGACACAAGGGGGAAUAUACUGGCCCUACAGGCUGAAAUUAAAUACCUGAAGAUGUGUUUGGCAUCAAGUGGCAUUGAAAAUAUGUCACAACCAUCAGGUGAUACCACAGAGCCCAAUGAACCAGCCACAGAAAGUACUGACCCUGGGGUGGAACAGUGGAAGAAGAACUUCAUUGAUGCCAUGCUGUAUGUUGAACAGAUGCAGAGAAAGAAACAGUUACUUGAAGACAAAGUAAAAGAUGCUGAGAAGCUAUUAGAGGAGAAAAGCAAGGCAAUACAGAGACAAGAGAUGAUGUUCAAGUACAAGAAUAGCCGUAUAGACCAAUUGUUGAAACCAGGGAGAGACAUAGAUUACCAACAAUUAAAUACUGACCUGCAACAGGAGAUAGACCUGAGGCACAAAGGGUGUAGGCGUAUAGACGAAUACAUACAACUGGAUACCAGGAGAAAGCUCUUAGAGAGAGAAAGAACAGAUUUACUCAACCAAGAGUCAUACAGACUUGGGAGGGCGACAGAUCAGAAGCGUGUCCAAGAACUACUAAAUGAACUACAGAAGCUUCAACGUAGUGAGGAGCUCAGAGAUGGUGGGAUGGGGAAGUCAACACCAAGUACAAGUGAGAGAGAGGCUACUGUUGCCAUAGGAACUGAGCGAUUGAAAUCUCAAAUACAAGACAUGCAAGCUGAGAUGGAAUCAGUUAGACAAGAAAAAGAAGAAAUGAAAGAAGGUUUUCGUAAAAAAGAAAUUGAGCUACAAGCUGACAUCGAGGCAAAGGAUUCCUAUAUACAAGAACUGGAGACUAAAUAUAAGGCAACCAAAGCAAAGAAUGCAGCAUCACACCAACUUCAUAAUGACUUGAUCAAGAGAUUAACUCCAACGAAGUCUUCAUUGAAGUACAACUUGCGUAAUCGCCCUGUAUUAGGCCCCAGGGAUAGCCUGACCCCAGGUGGCUACUCUGAUGAUGAAGAGGGUAUCUCUGAUAUGUUGGCACCUCAACAGAUGAUUGAUGAGGAGAAAGAGACUCUCAGGGAAGAGCUUCAUAAAGUCAAGGAUGCUAAUCUUGAAGUUGAGAAGAAGUUGGAAGCAGCAGAGGCAGAUCUCAUAAUGACAAGACAAACCAGGUCUAAGCUGGAGCAUCAAAAUGAGAAACUGGAAGAUUUGUUGAACAAAGAGAGAUGUGAAUGGAAGGAACAAGCGAAUCAGCUGAAUACCAAGAUACAAUCGCUACAGAAAGACAUCAAUGAUAUCACUUCUCAACUUUCAAUGAAAGAAAGUGAAGUGAUUGAUCUAUCUUGUAUGAUGGACAAUGCUGAGAGAGAAAAGAAAUCAAUGAAGCAAGACCAGGACCGUCAGGCCCACCUAUUGGCAGACCACCAAACUAGAGUUCUCGUUCUAGAAGCAGAGAGUGCCAAAGUGUUGAAGCAAUUUGAAGAAACACAAAAGGAUUACUUCACAACCAGAGAUCGAUCAGAAUCACUCCAAGUAGAAGUAUAUGCGCUGGAAAGUAACAUAGAAGAAGCAAGAACUAAACUAGAAGAGGUGACACAGCUCAAUAUGCAACUGGAGGCAGAGUUAAAGGAUACCCACAACAGACUAAAGCAACAGGAGCAGUCCAAUAUAAACCUGCUACAAGACAAAGACCAGGCCACACAAGAACUGGUGCAGGAGAAAGGUUCGCUGGAGGGAGAAUUAACAAAGGUGACCAAAGAGAAAGACACUCUCCAAGCAGAGCUGGAUGAAGAGAGAAACAAGCUGGUAGAGGUCCAGGAGAAGCUUGCUGAAUCUACAAGACUGAAUGAAGUCAACAAGACGGAGGUGAAAAAGUUUAUGCAGCAGUAUUCAUCUGAACAUGAAGAGAAAGAGACUCUGCAGACAGAGGUGGACCGGAAAUCAAGCUGUAUCACUGACCUACUACAAGAGGUGACAAUCUUGAAGCGAGAUUUAGACCAAAUCACUGAUGAGAAGGCACAUGUUACAAGUCAGUUUCAGCAUCUUGACAAUGAAAAAUCGCAGAUGGCAAAUAAAUAUGAAGUUGAGUUAUCCCUGAUGCGUGAUGAGUUUGACUAUAACAUAGAGUCUGCCAAUGAUGCUUUAGAGGCAGAGCAAGCAUCCUGCAAGUCACUUGAGGCAGAGCUUCAGUUGAGGAAUAAGGAACUAGAGGGAAUAAACAAGGAGUUCUCCAAGAGGUCUGAGCAGUACUACAAGUUACAGGAAGAGUUUGCUAAGUUGGAAGCUGAGAGGACAUCAGAGGAUGUUGUUAGAGGGUUACAAGACAGGAAUGAUGAGCUGAGAACAGAGGCUGAAAGGCUGAGGCCACUGUUGAAGGAGAUCGAGGAUAUGGAGGAACUAUUAACGAAGAGAGGAGAGGAAAAUGCCAAACUGAGAGAAGAAAUGAAACAGAUGGAGAAACAGGCCGAGUCAAACCACAGUGUUGUAGUUUCAAGGUUUGACCAGCUGACUGCAGAAAAUCAACUGCUGCAAAAGGACCUGACUGCCAGCCAGAAGAAGAUAGCAGAACUACAUGAGCAGAAUGCCCACCUAAUAGGACAUCAGAACCACAAACAGAAGAUCCAAUACCAUGCUAAGAUUAAAGAGGAGAAUGACAAACUCAGAGAGGAGUUAGUACAGGUGAAACAAGAUCGCAAUCGAUUACAAUUUGAGAUCAACAAAUCCAAAGACAACAAAACUAUAGACACUGGGACCCCUAAUAGAGAAAAGAAGCGAAUUGGCUCAAGUACACACACACCACAUAGAGAUUCAAAACUUUCUCUUAAACCACAAGGGACUCCACUAAAGGAGAAUAUGAUCCCUAAGGCUAAAGGACUGACCCCUAGGGUGGCAACUAAGGGGGUUAAUGUAGGGGAGGAGGGUUCUGGGAGUACAUGA